AUGGCUGGUCCGGCGAAGGCGUCGUGGAUGGUGGCCGUGAGCGUGGGCGCCGUGGAGGCGCUCAAGGACCAGGCUGGCCUCUGCCGCUGGAACUAUGCCCUCAAGUCCAUCCACCGGGCAGCCAAGGCCAACGUCCGCGCCAGCGUCUCUCAAGGCACGAAGCAGCUUCCGGCCUCCGUGGUGGAGAGGCGGCAAGCGGAGAAGGCCGAAGAGGAGCUGAGGACGCUCGAUGAUGAUGAUGAAAAUUUCUGCUAUGAGUUUACACCAUCCUCCUUGUCCAUGUGCUUCUGUGACUAUUUUCUGAAAGGCCAAAGAUCAAUCCUUAUCAGGAGAGCAAGAAAGUUCAGAGUUACACAGGCAGAGGAGUAG